GGUACGGGUAUACUAUUGAGCAAGGGAGAGACAGAGAGGCAGAGGGGAGGGUGACUAAGUGAAUGCAGUUUGCCGUCGCGUGUCGCCAAAUCACAGCAAAGUCCACAGGCAGGAGGACGAAUUGGAACUGAAUCAACAAAUGGAUACAGAAAAAACUGGAUGUACACUGCAUAUGAGGAGACAGUAAGGGAGGACGCCUUCGUAUCCUUUUAUCUCUGCAUCAGAUACUGCUGUGAGGAACCCAUGGGGAGGGAAAGGAAAAAUAGCGGACAACUCAUUUCUCUCUAACACCCCUGGAAGCCGGGGAGCUGAGAGCUGGAAUAGAGUCGACUGUGGGACUCGCUGGGAUUGAAUAUAUGCUCAUGCCGGUGUGAGUGUGUGUGUGUGUGUGUGUGUGUGUGUGUGUGCUGAUAUUAGCAGCCCCAUUGGUAUUCAGCGGAGGGAGCUCCAGGAUCUCGCUGCGCCUUUCCCCAGGAUGGGAUCACAGAGCAGGGAUUGUGUUCGCCUGUGGAGAGCCCGCUGAAAUGGAUUUGAAGCCUUGCAGAGAUGGCCACCAAAUGGGCAGCAUGGAAGCCAACAUACACCCUCCAGCGACUAGCUUUCCACACCUAACUGCCACCACCAUCUCCAGCCAUCAGCUCGAACCAUCCCAGCGAGGACUGAACCUGCAGAGUUGAGCCUGGACAAGCUCGACUGAGAUACGAGAAGCCGUCUACGGGAAGUAGAGAAAAGCAGAGGUGACAAGCCUCAGAGGAGUUGACUUACAGCAAACCAAUCAACCUGUUGAGCCUGCGAUUGAGCUUCUAGGACUUAAUCUGAAAUGAAAUAGGCUGCAGUGAUGCUUGAGCAAUGGUAUGGAGCUUUUGGACAUGUCCGGAUUUAUCGCCCGGAUAUCCUAUCGAGAUUACGACACUUUUGUGCACACCUCAGAGCUGGGCCACUCUUCCAGAUUGGCUUGUGGGCAAAAGCGAGUAAUUGAAAAGCCCCCCUCGAGAGGGUCUCUGUUCUGAUUUGUUGUGGGGGAGGAGGGCUUUUUUUUUUUUUUUUUUUUUUUAAAAGGAACAAUUUCAAAAAACCCUCCUUUUAUCCCACAUUUUCUCCCUUUUUUCUUUUUCACCAUCUUUCUCACUCAUUGUGGAGAAAUACAUUAUGAAGCAGCACCAUUCUUCUUCAUGCUCCCUCUGUGACGGAGAGAGAGGAGGGACAGACUGUCCAGAAUAGAUAACGAGCAAGGAGACUGGCACUGAGGAGAGGAGAGGAGAAGGAGGGAAAAAAAGGCCAAAAAAGAGAAGGAAACAGGUAGAGAGAGAAAGAAGAAGAGGAAGCAAGAAAAGAAAAAUAGAGAAUUAACUAGGAUUGUUUGAAAUCCUCUUGGAGACUGAGAGUCUCUUUCUAAUUCGCCUGUGCCGUGUUGGAGGCUAGUUAGCGCAAUGGGCAGAGGAGGGGUCAGGAUUUACACCAGGGGGGGCACUUGAGCAGGAGAGUAGGGUUAUGUCCCCCCUGCACCUGCCUGGUCUGUAUCUUAGUGUUUGGCAGCAAGACAGACUGAAAGAUGGCCCGGUAAACAGACAGCUAUACUGACAGACAAGCUCUGAGGCUUGUGAGACAGACAGACAGGAAGACGGGUACACUGCCUAUUCCAAGUGUCAGGCAGAGAGCCAAGCAGACACCCAGUGCCGGCACAGUAGACAGCGUGCGAUUCAUUGUCAUUCUAUGCAGUGUGUGAGGAAGAGACAGAGGGAAGGGAAGAAAGCAGAGACAGAAAGAAGAGGAGCAUCCCUCUAUUUGUAGCUUCUGGAGAAUCUCACUUCAUCUGCAUCCACCUCAGUCAGUGCUGUGGCAAGCCCAUGCACUAAAAAAAAACAGGCUGGGAGGGAGGGGGCUGUUACUAGAAAGGAAAUACAGGUUGGAGUGAGAGAAGGAGAGAGAGGGAGGCAGGCAGAGAAACAGAGGGAGAGAGCAGGUGUUGGAAAUCCUCCCCUUCAUCUGCUUGUCAUUUACUCCUUUAUGUUCUCUCGUCGUCUGGCGAGGUGAUUGGUUUUCUGAUGCCGGCAUUCCUCUGCUCAUAGGUCCCUCUGCAAUCCAGAGAAAAACAAGAGGUGGGCAGACAGAGGAAAGCAAAAAAAAAAAAAAAGACAGCAUAAAAGGAAAGGUGGAGCCCCAUUUUGAUUGACUAAUUUUUCAUCCCUUCCUUUUCUUAUUUGUCAAGACGGGCUGUUGCUGUUCCCCCCCCCCCCUUAAAGUAAGAGAUAGAAAGAAGAAAACCACGGGCCCAAUCAAUCCCUCAUUUUCUUUGCACACAGAAUCGAACCUCUCCUUUCAUCAGUUGUUGAUUUUUCUUGCCUUGCUCUGAAGGGAUUAUUUUCUCCAUCUCAGUAUAAACACUGGAAUCCUCCUUCUGUACUCCCUCUAUAUGUCCUCACCCCCAGUGACACAGUGUGAACCCCUCUGACUCCCCCACGGCCUACCCCCCCCCCCCCCCUCUCCUCGGCUGAAGUGCAAAAACCCUGUGGUCUCAGAUCUCCAUGCCUGUGUUGACUCACUACUACAGCGAUAAUAUGGCACAGCGCUUCUGAUACCGUCUGAUUCAUUCUGUGGUGGUACAGGCAGCCCGCAGACCGUUCUCCAUGAGGAGCAGUAGAAGAUGCCGGCUCUGCCAGCACUGCUGCUGUCAAUACACAUCCUCUCCUUCCUGCUAGUCACCAUGCCGCCACGCUCCCUCAGUCAGGCCCCCGUGCUCUCCUCUGUCCGCAUGGCGGCAAUCCUGGAUGACCAGUCUGUGUGUGGGCGCGGGGAGCGGCUGGCACUGGCUCUGGCCAGGGAGAACAUCAACAGCGUGAUGGAGGGUCCGUCUCGAGCCCGAGUGGAGGUGGACAUAUAUGAGCUGCAAAAAGACUCCCAGUAUGACACUACUGACACCAUGUGUCAGAUUCUACCCAAAGGCGUCGUCUCUGUGAUAGGUCCCGCCUCCAGCCCCGCCUCUGGCUCUACUGUCAGUCAUAUAUGUGGAGAAAAGGAGAUCCCUCACGUAAAGAUUGGUCCAGAGGAAACGCCCCGCUUGCCAUACCUGCGCUUUGCCUCUGUCACUCUGUACCCUAGCAACGAGGACCUGAGCCUGGCCAUAGGAGCCAUCUUGCGCUCGUUCAGUUACCCCUCAGCCAGCCUGGUCUGCGCCAAGGCUGAGUGCCUGCUGAGAUUGGAGGAACUGGUCCGCCGCUUUCUCAUCUCUCGGGAGACGCUGUCAAUCAGGAUGCUGGAUGACAACCUGGACCCUACGCCACUGCUGAAGGAGAUCCGUGACGACAAAGUGGCCACCAUCAUCAUCGACGCCAACGCAUCUGUCUCCUAUCUCAUCCUGAAGAAGGCAUCAGAGCUGGGGAUGACAUCAGCAUUUUACAAGUACAUACUCACCACCAUGGACUUCCCACUCCUGAGAUUGGAUGACAUAGUGGAUGAGCAGUCCAACAUUGUGGGGUUCUCCAUGUUUAACACCACCCAUCCCUUCUAUUUGGAGUUCAUCAGGAGCCUCAACCUCUCUUGGUGGGAGGGUUGUGACCUAACGUACCCCGGCCCUGCGCUCUCGUCAGCGCUGAUGUUUGAUGCAGUGCAUGUGGUGGUGGGGGCGGUGAGGGAAUUGAACCGCAGUCAGGAAAUCGGAGUGAAGCCACUCAGCUGCACCUCACCUCAGAUCUGGCAACACGGGACCAGUCUUAUGAACUACCUGCGCAUGGUGGAGUACGAUGGUCUGACAGGGCGUGUGGAGUUCAACAGCAAAGGUCAGAGGACCAACUACACCCUGCGGAUCCUGGAGAAACACCGAGGAGGCCACAAAGAGAUCGGGGUCUGGUACUCCAACAACACCUUGGCAAUGAACUCCACCAGUCUGGAUAUCAAUGUCUCAGAGACGCUGGCAAACAAGACGCUCAUUGUCACCACCAUACUGGAGAACCCAUAUGUGAUGCGCAGAGACAACUACCAGGAUUUCCAGGGCAACGACCAGUAUGAGGGCUUCUGUGUCGACAUGCUGAAGGAGCUGGCAGACAUCUUGAAAUUCUCCUUCAAGAUCAAGCUGGUGGAUGACGGGCUGUAUGGGGCUCCAGAGCCCAACGGCUCUUGGACCGGCAUGGUUGGAGAGCUAAUCAACAGAAAAGCAGACCUGGCCGUAGCAGGCUUCACCAUCACGUCAGAGAGAGAGAAAGUUAUCGACUUCUCUAAGCCGUUCAUGACCCUGGGGAUCAGCAUCUUGUACAGAGUUCAACUGGGUCGGAAGCCGGGUUACUUCUCCUUCCUCGAUCCCUUCUCUCCAGCUGUCUGGCUCUUCAUGCUGCUCGCCUACCUGGCUGUCAGCUGUGUGCUCUUCCUGGCUGCAAGGCUGAGCCCCUAUGAGUGGUACAACCCUCACCCGUGUCUGCGAGAGCGCAGAGACAUGUUGGAAAACCAGUACACGCUGGGAAACAGCCUGUGGUUCCCUGUGGGAGGCUUCAUGCAGCAGGGAUCAGAGAUAAUGCCUAGAGCCCUGUCCACCAGAUGUGUUAGUGGCGUGUGGUGGGCGUUUACUCUGAUCAUCAUCUCCUCCUACACGGCCAACCUGGCAGCCUUCCUGACCGUCCAGAGGAUGGAGGUUCCCAUCGAGUCUCCGGACGACUUGGCCGACCAGACCAACAUCGAGUACGGCACCAUCCAUGGAGGGAGCACCAUGACCUUCUUCAUGAACUCACGUUACCAGACCUACCAGAGGAUGUGGAACUACAUGAACUCCAAGCAGCCCAGUGUAUUUGUAAAAAGCACAGAGGAGGGCAUCGCCCGCGUGGUCAACUCUAAGUAUGCCUUCCUGAUGGAGAGCACCAUGAACGAGUACCACCGUGGCCUCAACUGUAAUCUCACACAGAUAGGAGGCCUGCUGGACACCAAGGGCUACGGCAUCGGCAUGCCAUUGGGUAAUAAUACUGAUUCUGGCUCCUUCUGGCUGUAA